CAACACCUAAAAUCAAUAAGUGGUAUUUCUAUCUAUUCGCGAUUUUGGUACAAAAUGCAGAAAAUAGCAGGAGGGUAACUGGAGGCGUGAAUCUUCCCGACUAGAGCAUUCGUAAUCAAAAGGAACCAAAAGCGCUUUUCUCAGUAGAAGGGGGAAUUUAUUCUUUCUGAAGAAAGAUUCACAACACGAUGUCGUAUUUGCUGCCGCACCUUCACUCUGGUUGGGCCGUCGAUCAGGCAAUCCUCGCUGAGGAGGAGCGCCUCGUCAUCAUCCGUUUCGGCCACGACUGGGACGAAACCUGCAUGCAGAUGGAUGAGGUGCUGGCUUCAGUUGCCGAAACAAUAAAGAAUUUUGCUGUCAUAUACCUGGUGGAUAUCACAGAGGUGCCUGAUUUCAACACAAUGUAUGAGUUGUAUGACCCUUCCACAAUUAUGUUCUUUUUCAGAAACAAGCACAUAAUGAUUGAUCUUGGCACCGGAAACAACAACAAAAUCAACUGGGCCUUGAAGGAUAAGCAAGAAUUUAUUGACAUUGUUGAGACUGUGUAUCGUGGUGCGAGGAAGGGGCGUGGUCUAGUUAUCGCUCCGAAAGAUUACUCCACCAAAUAUCGCUAUUGAGUGUUAUGUAUGGCCUUCACCAAUUCUGUGAAUGUAUUGACUUGGCAAAUUGAUUGGCUUUAAAGGGCUUGCAAGAACGUCUACCAUGGGCUUAAAUGCCAUGAGGUUUUACCAUUGGUGUUGCUUGGCGAUGAUGUAUGACAUAAUUGUUUGUCUCAACCGUCCGUUGAGCAUACUUAUUGGAACUCGAGAACGAAAUCCCUUUUAAUUAAUCUUCAGCUGGAACUGUCUUUCUGGGAUUGA